GAGCAGGGGCGCGGCGCCGGCCGGACCGGUCUGUAGGGACCCCUCCCCCGGCACUCGCGUCCCACCGCCCCACUUCGCGCCUGCACACGGGCUCAUCCUCCCUCUGCCCCCGAGACGUUUCCGAGGCUCCUGUCUCCGCGGAUCUUUCCCGCGAAGGGGUGAGGCCGGCGUUCCCAUCUGACAGCUGGGCAGACCGGGAUUUGAAUUCAGGUUUCCUGCAACCCUCCGGUCCGGCCCGGCGUGGGGCUGCCCGACCCCCGCGCUACACAGCCUGCCCGUCUCUCGCGGUGCGGGCGGGGGCACCGACGGCUCUCCAAGGGGCUCUGAAGCCAGCCUUCUUCCUGGGUGGCAAGACGUGAGGGACCCCCACCCCCACCCCGGGCUGCCUGAAAUUCCGCCAUCACAGCCACAUUCCUUUGGGCUAAGGUCUAAUUCCCCCGUGGGAUGCACAUGUCUCCAGAACCGGGCUUGCCCUCAGUGAUUCACUGCUCAGCAGGAACGUCCGCGGCAGCUCUCCCAGGACCCCGCUCUGCCAGUAAGUCAGAUGCAGGCUGAGCGGAGGGAGAGGGAGGACCCCGGAGCCCAGCCGGGAGCCGGUCUGCUCUGCUCCGUGCCUGUGUGUGAGGGGUCGCUGGCCGGGCUAGCGAGGGGAUCUUGGCCUGGCGUGGUGGAAACAUUUGCUUUGGAGGCAGAUGGACUAGAUUCUGUCCAGGACUCUGCUAUUUGCUGCCUGUGUGACUUUGGAGCCAUGUGCCACCAGAUCCUGCUGCUCCUGGCCGUGCUGACCCCAGGCCUGGCUGCCUCCCAACACCGAGACAAGGUGCCCUGUAAGAUGGUGGACAAGGAGGUCUGGUGCCAGGGCCUGGGCCUGCUCCAGGUCCCCUCGGUCCUGCCGCUGGACACUGAGACCCUUGAUCUAUCUGGAAACCAGCUGCAGAGUGUCCUGGCCUCGCCCCUGGGCUUCUACACAGCACUUCGUCACCUGGACCUGAGCACCAACGAGAUCAGCUUCCUGCAGCCGGGCGUCUUCCAGGCCCUGCCCCACCUGGAGCACCUCAGCCUGGCUCACAACCGCCUGGCAGUGGGCACUGCACUGAGUGCCGGCGGUCUGGGUCCCCUGCCGCACGUGUCCUCCCUGGACCUGUCGGGGAACAGCCUGUACAGCGGCCUGCUGGAGCGGCUGCUGGGGGAGGCGCCCGGCCUGCACAGCCUGUCGCUGGCAGAGAACAGCCUGACGCGCCUCAGCCGCCACACGUUCCGCGGCAUGCCCGCCCUGGAGCGGCUCGACCUGCACAGCAACGUGCUGAUGGACAUCGAGGACGGGGCCUUCGAGGCCCUGCCCCGCCUGGCCCACCUCAAUCUCUCCAGGAAUUCCCUCACCUGCAUCUCCGACUUCAGCCUGCAGCAGCUGCGGGUGCUCGACCUGAGCUGCAACAGCAUCGAGGCCUUUCAGACGGCCCCCGAGCCCCAGGCCGAGUACCAGCUCGCCUGGCUGGACCUGCGGGAGAACAAACUGCUCCACUUCCCCGACCUGGCCGCGCUCCCGAGGCUCAUCUACCUGAACGUGUCCAACAACCUCAUCCGUCUCCCUGCGGGGCCGCCCCAGGGCGGCGAGGGCGUCCACGCGCCCUCCGAGGGCUGGUCAGCCUCGCCCCCGGCAAACCCCAGCUGGAACGCCAGCGCCCAUCCCCUCUCCCAGCUCUUGAAUCUGGAUUUGAGCUACAACGAGAUCGAGCUCAUCCCCGACGGCUUUCUUGAGCACCUGACCUCCCUGCGCUUCCUGAACCUCAGCCGAAACUGCUUGCGGGCCUUCGAGGCCCGGCGCUCGGGCUCCCUGCCCUGCCUGGUGCUCCUGGACUUAAGCCACAAUGCGCUGGAGGCACUGGAACUGAGUGCCAGGGCCCUGGGGUCCCUGCAGACACUGCUCCUCCAGGACAACGCCCUGCGGGACCUGCCCCCCUACACCUUUGCCAGCCUGAGCAGCCUGCAGAGGCUCAACCUGCAGGGGAACCGGGUCAGCCCCUGCGGGGGGCCGGGGGAGCCUGGGCCCUCAGGCUGUGUGGCCUUCUCUGGCAUCUCCUCCCUCCGCAUCCUGAACCUGGUGGACAAUGAGAUGGAGGUUCUCGGGGCCGGGGCCUUCCUCCACACGCCACUCACUGAGCUGGACCUCUCUGCCAACCCGGGACUGGACGUGGCCACAGGCGCCUUGGCAGGCCUGGAGGCCUCCUUGGAGGUGCUGGCGCUGCAGGGCAACGGGCUGGUGGUGCUGCAGGUGGACCUGCCCUGCUUCCGCUGCCUCAAGCGGCUCAACCUCGCCCAGAACCGCCUCAGCCACCUGCCUGCCUGGACGCAGGCCGUGUCACUGGAGGUGCUGGACCUGCGGAACAACAGCUUCAGCCUCCUGCCAGGCAGCGCCAUGGGCGGCCUGGAGACCAGCCUCCGGCGCCUCUACCUGCGGGGGAAUCCGCUGAGCUGCUGCGGCAAUGGCUGGCUGGCCGCCCAGCUGCACCGGGGCCGUGUGGACGUGGAUGCCACCCAGGACCUGGUCUGUCACCUCGGCUCCCAGGAGAAGGUGUCCUUGAGCCACGUGCGUCCUGAGGACUGUGAGAAAGGGGGGCUCAAGAACGUCAACCUCGUCAUCAUCCUCACCUUCACGCUGGUUUCUGCUGUGCUGCUCACCAUGCUGGCCACCUGUUGCUGUGUCCGCCGGCAGAAGUUCAACCAACAGUACAAAGCCUGAAGGGGCUGGGGGACACUGCCAGGUCAGUGAGGGAGCCAGAGGCACACAGAAGGGUGAGGACUGACCCAUGGUCACACGGUGACCCUGCUAUCUAAAUCCCAGCCCAGGGCUCCUUUCUCUGCAUCCCGCUGUGUCAGCAGGUGACCCACUUCCCAGGCUGCCCUUGGGGUCCGGCCGUGGAAGUCGGAAGUUGGGCAGUUUCAAGGAUGGCAGAGAAUAAUGUUGAUCCAUCAACAGAUCUUCGCUGAGCAUCUGUUUUGGGCCACACCCUGCUCUGGACACUGGAGACGCUGGUAAAUGAGACACAUUCCUGACCUCAAGAACCUCCCAGUCUGGUAGGAGAGAUAGUUGCAGAGCUGUGCCGUGGCCACACAGCGUGGCUGGGCCUAAGAGUGUGGAAGCCCAGGGCUCCAGAGCUCUGCAGCCCCUGCAGGCCGGCGUGGAGAGUCCUGCCUGGCCAUGCCAGGGCAGGGGAGGGCCAAGCCCAGGAGGAUUUGUCUGAGACGUUUCCAAGCAGACUAUUUGUCACAUCUUCUGAUAAUGACUUUCAGCCUCUCGAAGGGCUUGUGACUGGAAGAGAGAACUGGAGCCGCAUGAGUGUGUCUUGGAUCCAGUGCUGUUCGUCGAGCUGUGGCAGCUCCAGCAGGGGCUGGUUAAGAGGUUGUCACCCUGGGCUCCAGCCCAGCACUGGGCCAUUCCGUUUCCUGCUCUGACAGGCUCUCUCCCCACCUGACACUCUCAGGUAGCAUACCCUGACCCCGAUCCUGCCCUAAACGCCCUCUCCAGCUCCCUUCUUUCCCCAUUCCAGCCCCACCCUGGCUGCUGAGCCAGCGUUAGAACUUAGAUAUCUGGUUCUGUUUUGCACUCGGCUUGGCAGCUUCAAUGCAAAAAUCCAAGCCUUGUGUCUGUCUCUAUAUGACAGCCGUUGGAGGUUGGCAUUUUAUUCCUAUUUUACAAAACAGGAAGCUAAGGCUCCAAAAGUCUUGCUCUGGGGCCAUACAACUAAUAAAUGCCACAGCUGAGAUUCGGAUCCACAUCUUUCUGUCCUUAGGGGCCAAGCUUUGCCACUGUGGGGGCUGCAGACUGUUAGGUAGACAGGAAGUGGCCCCACGUGGCCUGAACAGGGCCUGGGAGUGUCCCGUGCUGUGCACACCCACUCUCUCCUCUCUCCCAGGCAGGCAGAGAAUACAGGACGCUGCAGGCCUCCCCCCUCCCUCUUUGCCUCAGUUUCCCUCAUUCCCCCUUUGCACACUGGAGUGGGUUCUCCUGUUUCUCUUCCUGCUCUUGCAUUCCUCAUUCCCUCUGGUCUAUGGAGUAGAGCCUGGAGUUUGAGACCCUGGAGUCCAAUCUCCCCAUUAUACAGAGAGGGCCACUGAGGCUUAGGAAGAGAAUGGGACUUGCUGAGAACUGCACAAGUUGGUGGCGGAGCCACUGAAACAAGAAGAUUCAGAUCUUAUUUGGGGGUGGGCCUGAGUGGUGUCCACUCUUGCCUGUCAUGUCACAAGAUGAAGCUGGCUCCAAACUUUCUUUCUGUUCCUCAUCAUGAAGGGAUUUCUUUUUCUUCUGAAAAAGAAAUAGGUGGAAAGGCCCACCAGAUAACUCCCUGUCCCUUAUACCAUGGAGUCAGAAGCUGUCUGAGAAGAAAGGAAGCCCUGGAUCCAGCCUGAGACCCUGUGUCACUGUCUUCAUCGUCUUACCUGUGUUCGGCCCACGGUCUGGCUCAGGGCCCUUGGUCAUGUGUGAGAAAAUGAAAGUGCCAUACUCUCUCCACCCAUUUUACAGAUAUGAAAACCGAGACCCAGAGGCUUUAAGGGAGAGUCAAUGGGCAGAGCCAGGACUAGGCCACAGUGGUGCGUGGGCAGCAGGGUGGACCCAGUCCUGGCUGGGACCAGACCACAGAUGCUACUGCACACACCAAGGUGUCGGCCCCCACGCCCGACUUUGAAAACACUACACGGUGCUGCUGUCACUCCCACAAGCCGGGCCACAGCCCAGGCCUCGGGACCAGCUCUUUGUAUAACCCACCUGAAUGUAUUAAAAGUAAUUUUGGAGAAA